UCAUCAAGCCCCGUUUGUCUAACAAGAUCCCAAUAUCAGUCAAAAAUUCAAAAUAAUGUUCGUGUUUUGCUCCCCUUCUUAUUCUUUACAUGAUUUAGAGGGAGUGUAAUUCAUUUUAAAUUUAUUCUACAAAAAGUGUUGUCAUCUUAAUUUUAUAAAUAAAAGUGUCCCCAGCUUCAACGAAGGAAGAGAUCGUCCACGAUUAACAAAACACCUAGCUGGAACAUUAGUGAAUUAUUUGAGGAAUUCCGGAUAGUAUGUUAAAGUUACGUUUGUGAAUGCUACAUCAUACACUGAUGCACUGGGUGAUGCCUGAGGACACCUCAAUUCUCAUCUUAUUAGAACCUCAAGGUGCGUCAAGGAGUCAAUAUUCAGCUCGAACUUAACACCGUUCAAAAAUGGCAUCUCAAUCCGAGAGUUGUGAAAGUGUGAUCCAGGAGUUUUACAAGGGGAAAAAUGUACUCAUUACGGGAGCGACAGGUUUCAUGGGGAAGGUGCUGGUGGAAAAACUGGUGAGGAGCUGCCCGGAAACGAGGAUAAGUUUAAUACUCAGGCCGAAAAAUGGCCAAAGUAUCGAUCAGCGGCUGGAUCGAUUCAAAGCUCAUAAAGUUUUCGACCGCGUGCGGGAGGAGAAUUUAGAGAGCCGCUUACUGAACAUAGACGCUUUGGAAGGUGAUCUUUUGGAGCCAGAGUUAGGAUUGAACGAGCAAGACAAAAAGAGACUGGCCAAGACGCACAUCGUUUUCCAUUGCGCCGCCUCCGUCGAAUUCAAUCAGCCUAUCAGAGAAGCCGUCCUCCGCAAUGCUGGUGCCAUCUUGGAAUUCAUGAAAAUAGCCAAAAAAAUGACCAACUUAAAGGCUUUUGUGCAUGUCUCUACAGCCUACAGUAAUGCGAACAUUUUCAAAAUAGACGAAAUUGUUUACAAAAAUAAGCUCGAUUACAAAACACUUUUGUCGGUCGUAAAAAACGAUAGCAGUCAGACCUUAGGUGCAGUGGAAAGUAAGGUGAUUGAAGAAUUGCCUAACACCUAUGUUUUCUCGAAAGCUCUGGGUGAGCAAGUAAUAGCCGACCACGAACAAAUUUUGCCAGUUACUAUUUUCCGUCCAUCAAUCGUGACGGCAGCGAUUGCUGAGCCAGUUCCAGGGUGGGUGGACGUCAUGAACGGGAUCACGUGGAUGAUGGUCGGGGGUGCCACUGGAGUUGUCCGCGUCCUCCCUGUCGACAGUGAUAAAAAGGCUAAUUUCAUCCCCGUUGAUACCUCCAUCAAUGCCAUGAUAGCCUGCGCCUGGGAUGUCUCCCGUUCAAUUGAUCGAGGAUUUGGUAGGAGGCUCGUUUACAACUGUGCCGUGGAUCGGACUUCGGAGGCUAGUUAUGGCGACGUCAUGCACUCAGCGGAAGAGUAUUACAAUUUCCCUUUCCUGGAGACGUUUUGGUACCCCAACGGGAUGUUUAUCAAGAAUAAGACACUCUGUUUCUUCUACAGUAUAUUCGUUCACUUAAUUCCAGCCCUACUCGCCGAUGCCGUGGCACUGUCGUUGAAGAAAGAGCCCAGGCUCUUGGCUAUACAGAGGAAAAUUUAUUUCGGCGUAACAGUAUUCGAAUACUUCCUACGUCAUGAGUGGAAAUUUAAUAAUCAAAACCUGCAUUGUCUCUGGGAUGAACUGGGGGCUGCUGAUAAGCAGCUUUUCAACUUUGAUCUCAACCAACUGGUCGACUUUCGGACAUACUUGCGAAUUUGGAUAUCAGGGGGACGAAAGUACGUCAUGAAACUAACUGAGGACAGCAUCCCGGCUGCCAAGAAAAGACUCAUGCGGCUUUAUUACUUAGACUGGGUGGCGAAAUCAAUAGGAGCUUGCGUACUUUUAUUCUUCACGCUAGCGUUUGUCAAGAUGCCGGACAGUUGGCUUCCAUCUCGGAUCGUGGAUAAUUUCCACGAAUUUGAGUAUUUCUUCCUUCCUGAAAUGAGAAAUGUCACCAUGUUUUGGGGCAGGACGGCAUAAAAAAAAGUUCAUACAACGCUACAAGAAUUUCGUGUGUUACCAAAAAAGUGCAAAGAACUCAGCACGCCAUAGUAGUUGGAACGAAUGUAAAUAAUAAAGUGAUUAUUUUGAAAUGUAGAAAA